GGGAUUGUUCGGGUGGUCCCCGCCGGAGCCUCAGUCGCCCUAUCUACAUACAAGCGCCGAGAGGGUAGCGGUGGAGGUGCAGGAGCAGAUCGACGCUGAGGCCGAAGAGAUGGACCAUCCACCCGCCGCCGUCCAGUUCUCACGGCCCUUCGCCUGUGCCGACAGCCUUGAUUAG